AUGAACUACCCAAGCUUCACAUAUAGGAAUGCACUCAAAUACGCUAUAUUCCUGUCGUUUAAUAUAAUUAGUACUGGGCAGACGCGUUUCACCAAAACCAUGUUUUACGAUCAAUACGUCCUGACCAAAAAGAAAGGAGGAAUGGGUGUUGUUUGGCUCGCAGCUACUCUGGGGUCAAAACACUCUCUCCGGAAACUUCACAAAAAGGAUAUAAUGUCCGUUAAUAUCGAUGAAGCUUGUGAAUUUGUCGCGUAUUCUCCUGAACCGCUAGCUUUACGUCUUAGUAGUAACUUAAUGAUUGGUGUUGCACGCGUUUAUGCCCAUCAAUAUUCUUUUUUUCAAUCCCAGGUUUCUUCGCUACAUUCGAGAUUGCGCAAAGAACUUGAUAACAUUACUGGCAAGCUUCCUAAAAAUAUUGACGCGCGUGUAGAAAAAGUAAACAACGACAAUCUUAUGCUCGCUGAUGACCCAGCCUUCGUACCUGAAUUGACAUUGUCGAACGGUUUUAGUCUUCCUCCUUUGGACCUUAACCUAUCCUUAAGCAAUGAUACUGUUUCAUUUGAUCAAGCAAACUUGACAUCGUUGCAAACGCUACCGGAAGCUUCAAACACCUUUGGUAACGCAACUCAAUCCUUUAGCCUUCAAAACCAUGCUCCUGUAUCGAGAUUUGAUUAUGAAGCAUCAAACAAUCUUUUUCCAGAUGAGAUUUUGGACUUUGAAUUUGAUGAAAAUGGUGAGGUUCAUGAAAUUGCGACACAGGAUAAAAUGCCACAGCUUAGCCCUGCUAAUUCUCAAGACGAAGAAGAACAUUUCGAUGCUCAAUCCCCUGUUGAAAUGAGAGAUGAAGAGCAAGAAUCUAGAAUUCGUAUUUAUGAAUUGGAUGAUGAUGUCUUGCCUCUUCCGGUUCCCUUGGAAUCUGUAGUAGACCCUAACAUUGAUAUGCAACCUCAAGAAGAGCCCGUUAAACGUAGAAAAAUUCAAAAAGUCGAACCUGAUGAAUCUAUUGAGUUGAGCACGAAAACCCUUUCCCAGUGGAGGUCGACGUAUGUUGACAGAAUGAAGGCCAUUGAAACAGCCAAACAUGUGCGACGAAAAGGAACCUCAGCUGAAAAGAAAAAACAGGUUAAAAAAUUGUACCAAUGGGAAUCAUUUCAUCCAAUAAUUCAAGAAUGGAUUGGUAAGCUUCAGCCUGAACCAGUUGCGAAACAACCGGAAAACGAUGAUGUUGAGUUACCAAUGCCUAACUUGGAAAAUUCGGAUAUUGAAAUGGGCCGUGAUGCUCAAGGGUCUUUGGAAUUAAAUAUGCCUUGGAAUACUUCCUCUCGUUCAAACAGUCUAUUAAACUCUUCUAAAAGUCAUUAUCAAAAUGGUAGUGAACAUUCAACUCCACUGCUUGAUACUCGCUAUGGUAAAAGACUCACACCGAGUCCGAUGAAUAACCGAUUGCAGUUCUUGCCUGCUUUGGAAUCCAGCCAGUAUCAUGAUCACUUAAACUCUGAAUUAUCUUUACAGCUUGAUGAAGAUUUUUCUCUCUACAAAAAUACUCAAGAAGAGAACAUUGGAACAUUCUUGCAUAUGGAGCGAGAGUGCGCUAAUUUCUAUGAAUAUACAAAAACUGCCAUACUUGAAAACGGUGGAGAUAUGAACUUUUCAGAACUUUUACCUUGCACAUUGCAGCGUUCUGUGGCCGCGCAAGCUUUCAGUCAUCUUUUAGGUACGAUUCAUCGAUUGCAACACUUACUAACCAAUAAAGCUUUAAGUACAAAAUCUGCUAUCUCGGUCAAACAAGAAGCUCCGUAUCAUGAAAUCGUUGUUUCUUUAAACGCACUUUAA